GUAAAGGGUCGACGCGUCGCCGACAUCCACAUCAGCGGCAGCUCGAGGCUUGGAUAGUUAUCCCAAUUUCCCGGCUUCUUAUCUACAUCUGGGGUCUGAGGCGAGAUGUCAAUGCAGAGGACUAUACAGAGUGACAACAGGUCCUCGCAUCUUGGCAUGUCUUCGAGGGGACAAACUUCGUGUAACCUAGCCACAUACAGGAACACAGAUAUGAAUGAGAGUAACAAAAAUGCAGAAGAAAUGCUUAAUAUCCACAAACAACUCCAAGAGGAAACAGAGAAUAUUGUUCGUUGGAAAGCCUCCACUGAGAUAAAAACCAAACAUUUGGAGCGGCAACUUCAGGAGGCCCGCAGUAUCAUUGAUGAUCAACGCCAUAACCUAAUGGACUUGCAACUGCAUUCAGAGCAUCUCUCACAAAGUUUGCUCAAAGAGCGUCAGGAACGAGAGCUAGUGAAUACGAAGGUAGCUCACACCCGUGAGAUUUUCUUGGCUUUACAAGAGCAAUAUGAGCAACUGCUGGAGACAACCAAGCUUCUAGAACAAGACAAAGACUGUCUUACCUCUGAACACAAGGAUAUUAUCAAGCAAUUAUAUUCCCUUCAACAUACAUCUCAAUCACAUCAAAACACUAUACAAAGUAUUAUUGCCAAAGCUCAAGAAGAUAUAUCUCGUCUGGAGAAAGUCAAGGAGGCUAUGCAAGAUCAGAUGUCUGUAAAAGAUCAAGAAUUAUUAGAACUUUCUGAAAAAAUCAGCCAUUUUCAAGAGACAGUGAAAAAUUUGACUGAAACUUUAAAUUCAACAGAAGCCAACCUCAAUACAACAGAAGUUGAGAAGACGUCAUUGGAGAUUCAAUUAGAAGAGGCUAGAGCUACAAUGACAAAAACUCAAGAAGAACUAAAAGAGAAAAUGGAACUUUUAGCAUGUCAAGCAGUUAAGUUUGAAAAUGAACUUAAUUGUGGGAAACUUAUGUAUGAGGAGAGUCAGAAAGAGUUUCAGGAAGCUGUAGACAAAAUUAAGUAUUUAAAAAAGACUAAUGACACUUUGGAAGGUGGGAAGAGUGAGCUUGCAGAUAAGGUAUCUGCGCUGACCAGUCGCAAGCAGGAAUUGGAGAAGGAAAUUGCAUACAAAACGGAAGCCAUUGAGGUUCUUGAGUGCUCGCAAUUCAAGAACCUUGAGGAGAUUAACCAGUUACAAGAGAGAGUUGCAGGUUUUUGUGUACAACUCUCAAAUAUACAGGAAGAAUGCAGGAAUUUGCAGUUGGAGAAGGAAAACUUGUUAAGUGAACUUGAAACAAGCAAGAAAGGUCUGACCAAUGAAGAACAACAUGUGAAACAGCUGGAGGAACAGAUGAGGUCACUGAAGGAGACUAUGGAACACUGUCACCAGUUAAAUGGCCAAAUUGAAGAGGAGAAGAAAACUUUUGAAACACAAAAUCAAGAGUUAAAUGAAACUGUCAAGCUUUUAAGGGAUAAGCUUUUGGCUAUGGAGGAAACUGUUUCGGAAUUGCAGACAACUAUUUCAUCAGCCGAAGAAAAUGAAGCAACAAUGAAAGAGCAAAUAUUACACAUAGAAAAUCUGCAUAAAAAUUCCAGCUUGGAGCUUUUGGCGAAGACUGAAAAAUGUGAAGAUUUAGCACAAACAGUUAAGGAACUUAAGGCAGAGAUAAAGAAACUGGAAAAAGAGUUAAAAUUAAAAACAAAGAAUGUGUCCCAAGAAAGCAAAGUGAAGAAGAAACAUGAACAGAAAAUAGCAUCCCUGAUGAAAGAAAUUAAAACUCUUACGGAGGCUGUCAUUGCCUUGGAAAGCAAAUUAAAAGGCCAGAAGGCAUUACUCGCAACGAUGGAGAAUAAAACGACUACCCAAGACAAACAACUGAGUGAGAGCACGAAAGAUGUGAAAGAUCUCAAACUGUUAUUAGAUAGGUCUAUUUGUGAGAACCAGGAGCUCCAGUACAAACUAGAGGCUAAAACUGAGUCACUAGAAGCAUAUCAGAAAAUCACCAAGGCCGACAUAGAGAGACUUCAGGAUGACCUAUUUCAGAAGGAGGAGGAAUUGAAUCGCUCUUUGCUUGCUCAUGAGCAAGAACUAAAGAAGGUUCAAGAUGAACUUGAUAAGACAAAAGAAGUAUUAAAUAAUUCUUCAGUUCAUGAGCAAGAGUUUAAAGAUAAUGCUGAUAAUCUCUUGACCCAGAUAGCAAAUAUGGAGUUGGCUCACAAGAAAGAAAAGGAAAGCUUGAAAGGUGAAGUUGAAGCUGCACUCCAAGAGAAGAACCAAGCACAAGAAGAGGCAAGUCUUGCUCUUAAGGAAAGAUCGCAUGCAAUACUUGAAUCUGACAAGAAAGUCAACGAAAUGCUUGGUCUUCUGGAUAGAUACAAAGAGGAUAAGGAAACAAAGCUAAAGGAAUUUGAAGAGCGGCUACAAAACAGCCAAGCUCUCGUUACACAACUGACAUCAGAAAAGGAGAGUUUGAUGGCUGAAGUAAGUGCUCUGAAGGCCGAUGCUGAAGAACUAAGAAUGGAGAUUAUCAGCCUCCAGGGAACAACAAAGAGUAUGCCCAUAAAGGCUGAUGAAACAGUGUUCAAAACACCAAGCCCGGCACAAUAUUUGCGUUCUAUGCCAACUUUUGCCGAACCUUUAAAACCAAAAUCACCUUGUGUGCAGAAGACAGAAGAGCCUCCGUCUGAACAGAUGCAGUCACAAGCGCCUGGAAUACUUAAGACUGGACGACGCAUGCUCUUACCUCCGGAAAACAAGAAACGUGUCGUGUUCCUAGCUUCAACUGGUAAUGGUGAAGCCUCUGGGGAUUCUAGCUCGGACGCUUAUAAUUUUGAGGCUGCUGACAGUGAUGACCCGUUUGAGGAAAUGAAACGAACAGGGAGGAAUUUAUCUUCUAUUAGAGUUGGUAAAAUUCCUAAAGCUAAUAUUGCCCCAAUAAUUCGCUCAGUCAGCACACCGGGAUUUCACAAUAAUCAGACACCUGCUAUACAUAACAGGAAUGCAACUUCGUCCUUCUUUGGGAGUCUGAAGAGAAAGGGUGUUGGAGAAUUAUCUCACAAGAAGAAAAAGGCAAAACGAGAUAUUCCGAAGCACACCAUCAAGACCUACAGUGGCCUGAGCCCGAAACAAAAAACCACAGCCCCGAGCACCUCAUCAGUGCCUGUCGGUAGGGAAUGGACGGAACAGUAGCAGGAUUUACACGUGUGUGAUCAUUUGAUUUCUUAAGAUUUGUGUUUCAAAAUAUAAGGUACACACACACACACACAGUCACUUGAUUUCUUAGGAAUUUUGUGUUAAAAUUGCAUAACAUACACAUGUGAUCACUUUAUUUCUUAGGAUUUGUGUAUUAAAAUUUAAUAAUGUACAGACAUGAUUAUUUGAUUUCUAAAGAUUUGUGUGUUAACAUUGGUUAAUGAUGUAGUUCUAAUGAAACAUACGUAAAACAAUGUACAUAACAUAAUGGAAUUCUUAUACUGUAUUUAUAUAAGUCUGAGCAUAAUCUUUGUUCACUGAUUUAUGACUGUGGCAGACCACAGUAGUGUCAUGC